ACGUGUUUUUAAUAGAACUACCGAUGGUUAUUUUGUUCUUUAGGCUGGGGUUGCGGAGCUUAGUGUUGGAAUCAUCAGACUCUUUACGAACAUCAGGAUUUGCCCUUGCAUUAUGGACCAACGCCUGGAGGGCACUCGAUGCUCUUGGCGUUGGAGACUCCCUUAGACAACGUUCUCUCCAGUUUAGUCGGUUCGAGGCAUUUUCAGCAGUUUCAGGCAAGCCUACUGCAGAGAUUUCCCUAGAUGCAAAUAAGAAACCUAGAGAUUACGACAGCCGUUGUAUGAAAAGACAGGAGAUAGUGGAGACUUUAGAGAAAGAACUUCCUCCAGGAACUAUCAAGUAUUCUUCCCGUGUUGUUUCCAUCCAAGAUUCUGGACUAUUCAAGUUGCUACAUUUGGCUGACAAAACUGUUCUUCGAACCAAGGUGUUAAUAGGAUGUGAUGGUGUGAACUCAGUGGUGGCUAAGUGGAUGGGCCUCCAGAAACUAGUUGAUGCAAAUCGUUCAGCGAUUCGGGGAUACGUUGAGUAUCCAGAAAGUCACGGUUUCGAGCCAAAGUUCUGCGCUUAUUUUGGAGGAGGAGUUCGCAUUGGUUUCCUUCCCUGUGAUUACAAGAGCUUGUACUGGUUUUGCACUUUUACUCCGUCUGCCGUCAACUACGAUGAAUCGAUAGAAGGAAGUCCAAUCAAAAUGAAGCAAUUUGUGCUAAGUAUGGCCAGCAACGUGUCAAAAGAAGCAUACAAUAUCCUACAGAGAACCUCACUAGAUAGCCUAUAUUGUGCCAAACUAAAAUUAAGAUCGCCAUUGAACAUUUUAAUGAGAGACAAUAUUGUCAAAAGAAACACAUGUCUAGUUGGUGAUGCACUUCACCCAAUGACACCUGAUAUUGGUCAAGGUGGAUGUUCAGCAUUAGAAGAUAGUGUGGUUCUUGCUAGGUGCAUUGCUGAAACUUUUUCAAUAAAAUUACCAACAGGAAUGCUGGAGAAAUUAGAAGAUGAUGAAUUAUACAAUAGAAUUAAAGUUGGUUUGGAGAAGUAUGCAAAAGAGAGAAGAUGGAGGAUUUUUAACCUUAUUACUACUUCUUAUUUGGUUGGUUUGGCACAAGAAAGUAAUGGGAAGGUGAUUAGCUACUUGAGAGAGAAAUUCCUGGCUCAAUUUACCAUUGAGACUAUGCUGAAAAUGGGUGACUUUGAUUGUGGGAAAUUAUUGACAUGAUCUGGUUGUAGUGAAGAUGUAAACUUAUGAUGAUUAGUUUGUUGCUAUUAUGAUCAAUGAGUAGGGGGACUUCGAAAAGAACAAUUAGAAAAAGUUGUUGUAUGAACUAGCUUGUAUGGAAGCUAAGGUUGCAAAUGUUGUCACUCUAUCUUAUGUAAGGAGUAAUUUAGUUUUCAACGGUGCUAUUAGCUAGUACUCCGAUCCUUUCCUCCUAAUUUAUGUGGUAUCAUUCGAAUUGCAAGAGUCAAAACAAGUUUUUGUUA